AAGAAGAAAAACGCCUUUUACAGACCUCGACCUUGGUAACCAGUCGUUUGAAGGGUUCAGCAAAUCCAACUUGUCGGAAAAAUGGUUUCAUACUGGCGUCAAGCAGGACUCAGCUACAUUAGGUACUCUGCGAUCUGCGCCAGGGUUGUGCGGGCAGCACUUAAACCUCAGCUCAAGUCAGAAGCUGUGAAAAAUGCUGAAUCCAGUGUGCGAGUUACAAAGUUAAAGACAGUUUCAUGAUCCAUCACAGAAGCCUGUCAUUCUCCAAAUUUAACUGAUGUCUGAAAAACAUAUGUGAAACCUUGUUAAAUAAACCACAAAUGUAGUUCAUUGAUAAUAAAUUAUAAUGAAUCCAUCUCAA